AUGGAAGCCUACGGCGGCGGCGGCGGCGGCGGCGGCGGGUUGAAAGGGUACUGGCGGAGGAAGCAGUACAACCAGCUCUUCAGCGGUGGCGGGGGAGGAAACAGGUGGAGGGAGACCAGGCGGCGCCGCGUGGUGCUCGGCGGUGCCGCCGCCGGCGACCCCCGGGGGGCCACAAAGCCGCGGCCGAGGAGGUUCUGGAGGAUAAGGGUUGCACCGAAGCUGCAGGUCCUCCGGCAGGCGAUCUCUCCACGGCGGUUCCUGGCGAGGCUCAGAGACGCCUACGUUCGGAUGAUGUUGAGCUUCGCCAGCUCCGGCGGGCCUUUCAGCGGCGGAGGGCUCGCCUACUACGGCACCCACAACCCGGUGGCCGAGCUCUCCCGCCCCCCCCUCAAAGAGUACGACGACAAGAUGAUCCUCGAGAUGUACAAGUCCCUCGUGGCUCAGAAGCACCUCGUCCCCGCCGCCGGCCGCCCUACCGAUGACCCGCUGCGCUCUACGAUCCUCCAUCGUCCUCAUUAA